AUGCUCCCCUAUCGAACUGGAUUUAGUUCACUUUUGGAUCGAUUUAUCUCCCUCCCUCUCUCUCAGUUCUGUGGUGAGCUUGAACUGGUUGGGGAAUUUGGAUUAAAAGAGGAAGAAAUGGCGUCGAUUGCGGAAGGGCCGUUGCCAUUUAAGGUUUCUGAAGAGCAGAGUUCGUCUUCGAAUCCGACGGACGCGGUGAUAUUCGUUGGAAUUAGUCUGGUUUUAGGAAUUGCUUGUAGGCAUGUACUCAGAGGGACUCGGGUGCCUUAUACAGUGGCUUUGCUUGUGCUCGGCAUUGGCAUGGGAUCUUUAG